UCGCACCUUGGCUGCAAUCGGUCAAGAUCACGUCAAACAGAGAUCUGUGUCUGAAUACCACGACGUUCGGCCAAAGACUGCCGCUGGGCCCUUACAGCACAUCUCUGCCAACGACAAGACGCAGCUGAGGCCAUCGCCCAAGAAGCGCGCUGUUUCUCGCGGGUACCUCGAAAAUGUGCCGCAGCCAUCACCCGUCUACUACUGCGGCGCGGGGCGCAACUUGGUUCCACAGCCUCUACAACCUCUGCUAGCACCGCCUGCUUCUUGCAACCGCUAGAGCAGGCGUGCAUUAGUUACGCGUCGUCACGGUACCAACAGCAGCGCUAUGAUCCGAUGGCAUCCCGCUCAACCAACAGCAGCACCAAAGCGCGUGGCCACCCUCGCUCUGCCGCCUCCAUCCCGUCGCUCCGCACGACUCUUUCUGUUCACAGCUCGAACGCUUCCUCGCCCACAAACAGCCAUGGCCAUCUUAUGGCAGAUAUGUCCAAGAGCAAGCACACGUUGCGGCACCAGACAACACUGCCUGACCUCAGUUCGCUGGGUAAUUCUGCACCCAGUCAAGGAAUGACAUCCUCCUUUUCGCGUCUGCGCGGUGAGCACUAUUUGCCUGCAUUGCCAGCACCGGCACGCCUUGCCAGCGGCUCGUACACCUCUGACAGCUCACCUGUCAAUACCCUUGUCUAUGACUACUCGCCAGCAACCAAUGCGCCCUCUACUGGCUAUACCCGGAGGCAAGUUGCGCGCAUCCCUUCCACGCAACUACAGCCAGUCAACGCUUUGCGGGACGUGCACAGCACACUUCCAGUGUCAGCACUCUCGGCGCUAUCUGUUACACCAGAGUUUUCUGGGUCUAACACUGACGACAGCACUCUCAUUCACAGCCGCCACACGCAGAAGCAGCAUCACCGCCAAUCAGUCUCCCAGGAGCACUAUGAACACAGUUCGUCUGCACAUUUAAACAGCUCCAUCGGUGGCGGUGGCGGCUGGCAGCUGAAAACAAAGAUUCUCCAGCCGUUGAGCACUUGGUUUCGUUCGACGCGCCAGCAACAGUACAGUGGCCACCAGGCCGCUGUUGAGCUUGAAGAUGAGCACGACCAGAAGUUAUCAGCGUACGCUCGUGAUACACGAGUGCAUCGCAGUAAUAAUGGGCAGCCCCGCGACUCCCGCUUGGAUGUUGUCAACAUUUCGCCCAUAUACCUGGAUCCGCCAGUGUCCUCAUCUGCCAUGCUGUAAGCCUGUAUGUGUGCAAAUGCACACUACUCAUUGCUUGUGGCUCGACUAUUUUACAAUUAUGUCUCCCAAGGCAUUUUCAAGGCCCUCAUAAUUUUACAUGGAGCGGAUUUUUUUACUAUCUUAAUUCUUGUUUUAUUUUGUUUCAUUUUUGUCUUUCCAUUGUUAACAUAAUUUUUCACACCCG